AUGUCCGCCAUGUCCUCCUGCCGGCAAAGUGUUGCCGAGCAAGAUGCCGAUGCCGGCGAUGCGCAAGCGGAAGCCAACCUACAACUCUACAAUCACUUCACCAACCUGGUCUCCUCCCUGCCGAGCCCGAAUGGCCUGACCCACAGUCGGCUCUUCCUCCACGGCCAAGGCUGGCACGCCACCCAGGGGGCCAUGGUCGGCUCCAUGGUCGCCAGCGCCUGCUUCUCCGCGCGGCCCACAGACAUUAUGGUCGCCACCUUGCCCAAGUCUGGCACUACGUGGAUCAAAGCACUCCUCUACGCCACCGUGCACCGGGGAGAGCACCCCCCGGACGCCGCCGACCACCCUUUCCACACCCUCGGCCCCCACGAGUGCAUCCCGUUCUUGGAGUUACAGCUCUACAACUACAAGACCGGUCGCGUCCCGGAUCUCGAAAAGCUUCCAGACCCAAGGCUCUUCGCCACGCACGUCCCGUUCGUGGCGCUGCCGAGGUCCGUCGUCGCCUCGCCGGGGCCGGGCUGCAAGGUAGUCUACGUGUGCCGCGACCCCAAGGACACAUUCGUCUCGCUGUGGCACUUCAUCAACAAGCUCAGGGCCAAGAAAGGGAUGGAACCCCUCUCGGUCGAGUUCGCCGCCGAGCAGUUCUGCGCCGGCGUGUCGCCGCUGGGCCCGUACUGGGAGCACGUGCUCGGGUACUGGCCCGCGCACCUCGCGCGGCCCGAGCAGGUGCUCUUCUUCAGGUACGAGGAGAUGCAGAGGGACCCUGCGGCGCACGUCCGGAGGCUUUCGGAAUUCGUUGGCCUCCCCUUCGGCGCCGGCGAGGACGGCACCGCGGACGCCAUCGUUAGGCUAUGCGCGUUCGAGCGCAUGAGCGAGCUGGGAGCGACCAAAGACGGCAAGACGGAGAUGCUGGACAACGCGGUGGACAACAGCUUCUUCUUCCGGCGCGGCGUGGUCGGGGACUGGAUGAACCAUCUGUCUCCAGAGAUAGCGCAGCGCAUCGAUGCCGUCACCCGCUCCAAGUUCCAGGGCUACGGCCUCAUCAGCCUGUAG